AUGCAACUAACUAUUAAAUUAAAUAACUCACAGUAUUGCAAUGGAGGUGACUUGGCAGACUACUUGCAAGCAAAGGGCACAUUGAGUGAGGAAACAGUCCAGUCAUUCCUCAGACAGAUUGCUGCAGCCUUGAAGGCACUCAGUGUCAAAGGAAUUGUGCACAGGGAUUUGAAACCUCAAAACAUUUUGUUGUGUCACUCGAACAGAUACAAGCAGACUCACACCAACAUCAUCUUCAUACCUUACUCUGAUAUCACCCUCAAAAUUGCUGAUUUUGGGUUUGCACGGUUUCUGCAAGAUGGAAACAUGGCAGGAACGCUGUGUGGCUCUCCAAUGUACAUGGCACCUGAGGUGAUAAUGUCGCUCCAGUAUGACGCCAAAGCAGACCUCUGGAGUGUCGGUACAAUUGUAUACCAGUGCCUCACUGGCAAAGCACCUUUCCAAGCUCAAACUCCUCAACAGUUAAAACAGUUCUAUGAAAGGAAUGCCAAUUUGCAGCCCAACAUCCCUCUUGGCAUCAGUGGGGCACUGAAGCAUCUCCUGUUGGGUCUUCUCAAGAGAAAUGCCAAGGACAGAAUUGAAUUUGGUUUGUUCAACAACUUUUUUUGGCAACAUUUUUUGGCUUAUUUUUGGUAA